AUGCCACGAUACGACCCAGGUCCUGUCAACCAGUUCAUCGUCCCCGACGAUCCGUACGCCCUCCCUCCUCAAGCGCCAAAGCAUAAGCGUGGCAAGAGCAUCUCCGCGCUUGAACGCAUCGCCGUGUUUACCGAAGUCACCCAACGUGUAAAGAGGCGUCUGCGCAAUGCGAUCGCCGGUGCGGUAGGCGCAUCUUCCGGCGUUGGCAUUCGUACAAAACGAAAGAGCCAAGAUGCGAUGAACGUCGAUUCUGUAUGGAAUGGCUGGCACGCACCAAUCCAACAUUCCAUAACGGUCACGGCACAAGAACCUCAAUCAGUGGAGAUACCAGAACCCCCUGUCGAGUACAAUCGAUUCUCUGUCGUCAUGAAGGACAACUGGUCAGUAUCUGACCUGUCUAUGCAUGAUGGAGAGCAGAGCAGCGCUCCAACUCCUCGCGCGACGACGCCAGAACCUGCAACACCCAAGUAUAACAAGACAUUCAUCGUCGAGCCUCAUGAUGAGGAAGAAGGAGCGGAGGAUGACGAGGAAGGAACCGAGUACGCAGGUGAAGAAGAAGAAGAGGAGGAGGAGAACUCGAGCCCAACGCAGCAUAUCCAGCAACUCAGAACCGAAACACCGAAACGAAGGCCAUUGAGCACCGCACCGACUUCUGCACCUCAACAAGUGGUCAAAUCUCCCAAACCAACGAGACGGCAAUCUACACAGUCGACUUGUACCACUCGUUCACAGCAGAAGACGCCUACACUCGCGAGUCGGACUUCAUCCACGGAAAGCUCACCGCCGAAAACACCAAAGCUUACGUUGCAAACCAACUUUAACAAAACACCGGUUGCGGAGGGAUCGAACUUUGUUCUCGCUGGACUCGUAGACAACACUCUCAGUACCUCACCUGUUGGCCUGGGUUUGGGCUUGAGUUUUGGCGAGCACUCUCCAGUCUAUGGCAGACAAGAAUCCAUGGAAGUUGUCCUACCCACUGCCCUCCUCCUCGAGCAUAAUACAUUUGCCACGAUAUUACACGAAGAACAGGAGCUGAAACCCUUGCAUAUGAAGGUCGCAGACAUACCCAGUCUACUUCCCGCUGCCAAUAUAUCAGAAAAGAAGAGUAUACAAAAGCCAAAAUCUCGUCGAGGCUCAUUGAACACGGACCCACCAAGUACUUGCACCUCUCGGCGUGCGGCAAUCCUCGCGCAUAAGCGAAACGCAUCAAAGAACAGUCUAGGGAGUGGUGUGGUCGAUCAAUCCCGAGACUCGAUCUCGGCGGCGACGUUGCGCGCGCAGAUUGAUGCGCUCCCAAAUGAACAACAGGAGAGCCCCUCGAGAUGGAAGCCGUGGCUUCAUCCACAAUUAUCCUCACCAUUUGGCGGCCAACGUGUGCAUCUAGCUCCACAGCCGCUGAGCCUGUUCACGCCACCUACCCAUACGUCAAGCAUCUUUCAUUGA